AUGAAGCCGAGAGUCGACAAUUCUCAUCACAUCACCUAUUGCAUCGAAAGUAAGUCCACCCUCACUUCUCCUGCUUUCUGUGAGCAAUUCGAUUUGUUUAGAAGGAACUACGCUUAUUCGCGGUAUAAGAACAUUAUAUUCAAGUAUUUGCCGGAUGAUUGCGAUCGGUUGACAAAGGAAUUCAAUUUAUGGAAAGGUUCCUUCGCAAGCAAACAGCUUUGGUUAGAGAAAAUACGAUUGGUGACAGAUUUUGACGCACAUCUCAGCAGUGCUGAAUAUGUCCAUGAUACAACUCAUCGCUCGAUGUCACCAUCAAUCGAUGGUAACGCCACGUCUAUUGCCUCAAAUUCUGAUAACCAAGAGGCUAAUGACUGUCAAGAUUCUGUGAAUACACCCGCGCUGGCAGAUUCUGUUUUGAAUUCCAGCUGUCUCGUUGCCACUGAUAAUGAGAAUUCCACCGACGACUCGGCAUCUGCGGAUAUGACAAGACACAUACUGCUUACUCCAUCACUGUGCAGUUCGAGUGUGAAUGCCCAACUGAUUCGCUGCAGCUGA